AUGGCUGUUAGUGAACAUUUAAAACAAAAAAUAUAUGAAUAUAGUCAAAAUAAUCCUAAUCAAAGACAAAUAGAUAUAGCAAACCAUUUUAAUUCUCAAGAUCUCAAUUUAAAAUUAGAUCGGUCUACAGUUUCUAAAAUAUUAAAAAAUAAAUCAAAAUGGUUAAUGGUUACUGAAGACCAAUUAAGUUCUACCUUAUUUCGACAUAAACAAGUGAAAUAUCUCCUAUUGGAUCAAUUAAUGAGAAUCUGGGUCGAACAAGUUACUAAUAGUGAAAUGUUUUUAACUGAACUAAUAAUUAAAGAACAGGCAACGGAUUUUGCAAAAGCUUUGAACCUGGGUAAAGAUGCUUUAAAAUUUUCAAAUGGAUGGGUUCAUAAGUUUAAACAGCGCAAUAAUCUUAGAAACAUUAGAUUAAAUGAAGAAGCUAAUAGUGCGCCACUAUUUUCGCUUUCUGAAUAUCGAGAAAAAUUGCAUGAAUUGAUUGAAAACUAUAUGUUGGAUAAUGUGUUUAACACAGAUGAAACAGAGCUUUUUUUUCGUAUGGCACCAGACAAAAACUUGCAUCUCGAUCAAGACCUGGAUUUAAAAAGGUUAGUAAUUAUAUUAGUCUAUUCCGAAUUAAUUCUUUGUUUAAUAUAA